AAGUCUCAGCGGUUUUAGGACAAUAACCUGAGGGUUGGACAUGACCGCAGCCGAGCAGACGGUCACGUGGCUCAUCACGCUGGGGGUCCUGGAGUCCCCGAAGAAAAGCGUCUCGGACCCGGAGGCUUUCCUCCAGGCGUCCCUGCGGGAUGGAGCGGUUCUGGUCCGGCUGCUGGAGCGCCUGAGACCCGGGGACUGCGGCAGGUUUUUCCAGGAGCCGAGGAGCGACAGCGAGUGUCAGAAGAAUAUUACAGAGUUCCUUAAAGGCUGCGGGGCUUUCGGUGUGGAGCCCUUUGAGGUGGGCGACCUGCUGCAGGGACUGAACUUCUCUAAAGUCCUGAACACCCUGGUUGCCCUCAAUAAAGCCACGGAAGAUUUAGGCACUUCUGGUGAAGGCGUAUGCGCGUCGCACACCUCGAACUCGAGGAUCAAAUCGUUUGACUCCCUGAACACUCAGAGUCGCUCGUCCAAAGCGCUGCAGCUUCAGCCCCGCAGCCUGGUGAGUCAGCAUGGCAGUGACAGCGACAUGGCAGAUGGCAGCGGGUGUGGCCAGGUGCUGGUCAAAGCACGUUUUCCCUUCCGUCAGACCAAUGAGGACGAACUCUCCUUCUCCAAGGGUGACGUCAUCAGUGUGUCCAGGCAGGAGGAUGGGGGCUGGUGGGAAGGUUCGCUGAAUGGCCAGUCUGGGUGGUUCCCCAGUAACUAUGUACGGGAGCUGAAAGGGAAUGAUAAAACGGUCGACAAGCCAAAGCCCGGGAUGCUGAAGAGUCCACCCAAAGGCUUCGACGCCGCCAUCAUCAGUAAAACUUAUUACAACGUGGUUCUGCAGAACAUCCUGGAAGCAGAGGGGGAAUACUCCAGGGAGCUUGAGAGUCUCCUGGGUUCAUACCUACGCUCGCUUCACCCUACAGACAGACUCGGCAGCGAUGAUAUCCGCCACAUUCAGGGGAACCUGGAGGAGAUCUCCGCCUUCCAACAGAUGCUGCUUCAGGCCUUAGAAGAGCAGACAAAACUCCCGGAGAGCCAGCAGAGAAUCGGGGGGUUCUUCCUGAGCCAGAUGCCCCAGAUGAAGCUCAUAUAUGUGGCUUAUUGCUCCAAUCAUCCGUCUGCAGUCAGCGUUCUCACACAACACAACGAGGAGUUGGGAGAGUACAUGGAGUCCAAAGGAGCGUCCGGUCGUGGCAUCGACACACUGACCACCAGUCUGAGCAGACCCUUCAUCAGACUGGAGCGGUACCCAGCGCUGCUGAAAGAACUGGAACGACACAUGGACGAACAACACCCCGACAGAUCGGACCUGAACUCUGCCAUGACCGCCUUUAAAAGCCUCACAGCUCAGUGUCUAGAGGUGAGAAAGAAGAAGGACCUGGAGCUGCAGAUUUUAACAGAACCCAUCAGAAACUGGGAGGGAGACGAUAUCACAACCCUCGGCCCGGUUCUCCACAUGUCCCAAGUCAAGGUCCAAACGCAGAACUGUCAGAAGUCCAACGAGCGCUACCUCCUUCUCUUCCCUCACACGCUGCUCAUGAUCUCUGCGAGCCUCAGGAUGAGCGGCUUCAUCUACCAGGGGAGGAUGCCAUUAUCGGGAAUGCUCAUCUCCAGAAUUGAGGAUAGCGAAAAUUCGAGGAACGCUUUUGAAAUAUCUGGUGGCCAGUGUGAGCGGAUCCAGGUCGCCUGUAGCAGUCAGCAAGACCUGCAAGACUGGCUGGAUCUUCUCACCAAACACACACACACCACCCCUCCUCAACUGUACAAGCCUCAGAACGCCUGCCACACACUGCCGUCUGAGUCCGUCACUCCCUGCAGACGCUCGGAGUCUCGUGUGGAGACCAGGGGAAACUCAUACCACACUCUGCCUCAUCUGCCCUCGUGUCCCACUGGACCCAGCAGCCACCCAAUCUGGGGACCCCUGGAGCCACCAAACACUCCCAAACCCUGGAGCCUGAGCUGCCUUCGCCCUGCACCUCCCCUCCGACCGUCGGCUGCUCUGUGCUUCAAGGAGGAUAUGAGUAAGAGUCCUAAGAACGUGAAGAAGCUACUUCCUAAGAGGAAACCAGAGAGGAAACCUUCAGAGGAAGAUUUCACCACCAGAAAGAGCACAGCGGCUCUGGAGGAGGACGCUCAGAUACUGAAAGUGAUCGAGGCCUACUGUACAAGCGCCAGGACUCGGCAGACUCUCAACUCGACUUGGCAAGGAACUGACCUCAUGCACAACCACGUGCUCGCUGAAAACAGCCUGGCUGUGGCUGGGUUUCCAUGUUCUGACCAAUCAGAAGACUCGGAUUAUGAGAGUAUCUGGACCACACAAAGUCACAGGACCGCCUCGUUUUCUUGUAAGACGAAGGACGUUCAGAUGUUGUUUCCCAAGGAGGAGAAGAUCAUAGUUGAAGAAACCAGAAGCAACGGUCAAACUGUGGUAGAGGAGAGGAGUCUGGUGGACACUGUGUACAGUCUUAGAGAUGAGGUCCAGGGACUCAAACAGGACAACAAGAGGAUGAAAAGGACCCUGGAAGAAGAACAGCGAGCCAGAAAAGAGCUGGAGAGGAUUGUCCGUAGAGUUCUGAAGAACAUGAACGACCCAACCUGGGACGAGACUAAUCUCUGAAACCGGCUUCUGACUUUCUGACGACGGAACGAAGAGAACUGUUCAGACUGUGCGGACAGAAGCGCGUCCAUUUCCCUGAAUUUAAUCUUUCCGUGUGCCAAACCGUGGACCAAGAGGAACUCCAGCCACUUUUUAGUGAAGUCACCUUGUAAAUCUUUGCAGUCAUGACGGCUGGCGGGCAUAAAUUAUUUUCAAGUGACAAACUGCUUGUUCAUGUACAGUAUUAGCCUCUCAGUCCACCAGGACUGUAUUUUAUGUACUGCUGGUGCACAGCUGAGGGAGUUUUACCUCUCCAGAGACACUGAAGACAUUAUGCUUUAAAUGUCUGUGAUACUUGAACAGCUGUUCCAGCUAUUCAUUCACAUGUUCAUUCGUUUUGUCUCGAAUCUAUAUACUAAAUUCAAACGGCACCAUUUGAAACUGCUUCACCACCAGUCUGAGUGACAGA